AUGGCUGAGAGCAGGUUCCCCAAAAUGAUUUUGGAAGACGACGACAAAGAGAGCGACCACGUAAUAGGCACGAAGGAUUCCAGACUCCUGGAGUUUAUUUUUCGCGGUCUCGGAAUGGCUAAGAUAAUAGUUGUAACUCCUUCCAUAAGUCAACCCCGACCGACAGCUGUAAGACAAACAGCGCAAGACUAUCUGCAAUCUCACGCAAGAGGGACUGACUCAGAACCUCCAAGAAAGGCUGAUACAGUUUGA